AUGCACAUGUGUGUGUACAAUGCUCUUUGGUCCACAACUAGUUGGCCAUUGGGAUGUGGUAGGAGAGUGACACACACAUUGAUAGAAUGA